UUUGUAGACACCCCCCAACUGCUUUCGGAGGGCACGACUCGACAAUUGACACUUUUUCCCCUGCCCUCUCUACCAGCGCGUCCACAUUGUUUUCCGCAGUAUUCCUCACCCUUGUACUCUUCCUACCGAGAUGGUCUUGCGUUAGUGCGCGACAAAUAACGCCCGAUCCCCUUUCGUCGUGCUCAAGGGCAUCCUCGUCACCCUGAAACCCCCGGUUGUCAAUAAUACUGCUCGCGCAGCAGACACACCACCACGAUGAGUUACGCGAAGAAAGACGAGGAUGCCGACCACUCCGGCUUCAAGCUGGACCGGACAUCUGUGUUCCAAGAUGCUCGACUCUUCAAUUCAUCCCCCAUUUCACCACGAAGAUGUCGGACAUUGCUCACCAAGAUCGGUGUCCUCCUCUUCACCGGCGAGAAAUUCCCUACAACCGAAGCUACAAAUCUGUUUUUUGGUAUCUCUAAACUUUUCCAGAACAAGGAUCCCUCCCUGCGACAAAUGGUGUAUUUGAUACUGAAAGAACUUGCACAUACCGCCGAAGAUGUCAUAAUGUCGACAAGUAUAAUCAUGAAGGAUAUGACUGUGGGCAGUGAGAUCAUCUACAAGGCCAACUCCAUCAGAGCUCUUUGCAGAAUCAUAGACGCAACCACCGUUCAGGGUAUCGAACGACUGAUCAAGACCGCCAUUGUCGACAAAUCCCCCGCAGUCUCCUCAGCAGCACUGGUAUCCUCGUAUCACCUUCUUCCGAUCGCUAGAGAUGUGGUUAGGAGGUGGCAGAGCGAAACACAAGAGGCAGCAUCGUCAUCCAAGUCUGGUGGAGGCUUCUUGAGCUUUGGUGCCAGCAAUCAGCACUCUCUCGCGGCUGCCAACACGAACUACAUGAAUCAAUACCAUGCUAUCGGCCUUCUGUAUCAGAUGCGGUCGCAUGAUCGUAUGGCUUUGGUUAAAAUGGUGCAGCAAUAUGGCGCAGCUGGAGCCGUUAAGAGUCCUGCAGGUGUCAUGAUGCUUGUCCGCCUGGCUGCCAGACUUAUCGAAGAAGAUCCCAGCCUCCGAAAACCUAUGAUGCAGAUGUUGGAUACCUGGUUACGGCAUAAGAGCGAGAUGGUCAACUUCGAAGCUGCCAAAGCCAUCUGCAAUGUGCCCGACGUGACCGAUGCCGAAGCCGCACAAGCUAUUCACGUCCUCCAGUCUUUCCUGACCUCCCCAAGAGCGGUCACCAAGUUCGCCGCUAUCCGUAUCCUCCAUGCCUUCGCUUCUUUCAAGCCACAAGCUGUCCAUUCUGCGAACCCUGAUAUCGAAGCAUUGAUUUCGAACAGCAACAGAUCCAUUGCCACUUUCGCCAUCACCACCCUUCUCAAAACAGGUAACGAGGCUAGUGUUGACCGACUGAUGAAACAGAUCUCUGGUUUCAUGACCGAGAUCACCGAUGAAUUCAAGAUCACCAUUGUGGAAGCGAUCCGCACACUGUGCAUGAAAUUCCCCAGCAAACAAGCUGGUAUGCUGACCUUCUUGAGUGGUAUUCUCCGUGAUGAAGGUGGCUAUGAAUUCAAGCGAGCCGUGGUGGAGAGUAUGUUUGACUUGAUCAAAUUUGUACCAGGCAGCAAAGAGGAGACCUUGUCACAUUUGUGCGAGUUUAUUGAGGACUGCGAAUUCACGAAACUUGCUGUCCGCAUUUUGCAUCUCAUCGGUGUUGAAGGACCGAAGACACCCCAGCCAACGAAAUACAUCCGGUACAUCUACAACCGAGUUGUGUUGGAAAAUGCUCUUGUACGAGCCGCGGCCGUUACUGCUCUUGCCAAAUUUGGUGUUGGUCAGAAGGAUCCUGAGGUGAAGAAGAGCGUGCAAGUUUUGUUGACCAGAUGUUUGGACGAUACCGACGAUGAGGUUCGAGAUAGAGCGGCCUUGAACCUACGCUUGAUGCAAGAAGACGACGACAUUGCGGAGCGGUUUAUCAAGAACGACUCGAUGUUUUCAUUGUCGACUUUCGAACACAAACUCGUCAUGUAUGUCACGUCGGACGACAAAUCAGUUUUCAGCAAGGCCUUUGAUGUCAGCUCAGUUCCUGUUGUCUCGCAUGAGCAAGCGCUGGCUGAGGAACGGACGAAGAAGCUCACAACGGCAACUCCAACACUCAAAGCCCCAAGCACCGGGCCCACGAAGCCCAAAGCCAACGGCGUGGCAGAAGGACCAUCUGCGGCUGCGGCAGCUCAGAAAUAUACAGAGAUUUUCUCAAGGAUACCAGAACUCGCUGCUUAUGGACCUGUGCUCAAGUCCAGUAAUGUGGUCGAGCUCACUGAAAGUGAGACUGAGUAUGUGGUGUCGGCAGUCAAACACAUCUUCAAAGAACACGUUGUCGUUCAGUAUGACAUCAAGAACACACUCGAUCAGACGGUGCUUGAGAAUGUGACGGUCCUGGCUACCCCGUCGGAAGAAGAGGAGCCAACCCUGGAGGAGGAUUUCAUCAUCCCUGCGACAGCCCUCAAGACCAACGAGCCUGGUGUGCUGUAUGUGGCUUUCAAGAAACUUGGUGGCCAAGAGUCCUUCCCCAUCACCACAUUCGGCAACGUCCUCAAAUUUACCAGCAAAGAAGUUGAUCCGACCACAGGAGAGGCCGAGGAAGGCGGUUACGAGGAUGAAUACGAGGUCGAAAACCUGGAGCUUACCGGCGCGGACUUUGUCUCGCCCGCUUUCGCAGGAAGCUUCGAUCACAUCUGGGAGGGAACAGGUGCAAAUGGUGACGAGUCAAGCGAUACCUUGCAAUUAUCCACAGUGAAGAGUCUAGCAGAUGCGACGGAACAACUUACCCAGAUGCUCAGUCUACAGCCGCUCGAAGGCACAGAUGUGGUCUUGUCCCAAACCACGCACACGCUCAAGCUCUAUGGAAAGUCGAUCACAGGAGGACGUGUUGCUGCGUUGGUCAAGAUGGCCUUUUCCGCGAAGUCAGGAGUUACUACUAAGGUCUCUGUGCGGACAGACGAGACGGGCUUGUCUGGAGCACUUCUUGCGGUCUUGUUAUGAGUACCCUAACUGCUUGUUGGGGAUUUGUCCUGUGAUGAUGGACCGGAUCGGAAAAUAGAGACAGAUUCGUUUCGAAGUGUGUAUGUAUGGGCUGGCUUGUUGAGAGUCAGCAGUGCCAGCAGCAAGUCAGGCAGUUGGUAAAUGAAGAAAAUGGCACACGUGUCUGAGAAGAUAAU